AUGGGGCCUGAAGACAGUGCCAGGUGCCUGCACCGUGGGCUGGAGCCCAGCCCCGAGGAGCACCGUGAGCCCCGCACUCUGUGCUGCGCUGUCCUGGGCCUGGACACCUGCGGAGCCUGGGACCACGUGGACGGGCAGAUCCUGGGCCAGCUGCGGCCCCUGACAGAGGGGGAGGAGGAGGAGGGCGCUGGGGCCACCUCGCCCAGGGGGCCUGCCUUCCCCGGCAUGGGCUCUGAGGAGCUGCGUCUGGCCUCCUUCUACGGCUGGCCGCCGACCGCUGGGGUGCCGCCCGAGCUGCUGGCCGCCGCCGGCUUCUUCCACACAGGCCAGCAGGACCAGGUGAGAUGCUUCUUCUGCUACGGGGGCCUGCAGAGCUGGAAGCGCGGGGACGACCCCUGGACAGAGCAUGCCAGAUGGUUCCCCAGGUGUCAGUUCCUGCUCCGGUCUAAAGGGAGAGACUUUGUCCACAGUGUGCAGGAGGCUCACUCCCAGCUGCUGGGCUCCUGGAACCCGUGGGAAGAACCAGAAAACUCAGCCCCGUGACCCCCUCAGGUCCCUGCCCCCGGAGACCCAGAGCUGCCCAUGCCCGGAAGAGAAGUCCAGUCUGAAGGCGCCCAGGAGCCAGGAGGAGCCAGUCCAGCCCCGGCCCGGCGGGCGUGGUGGGUCCUAGAGCCCCCGGGGACCGGGGACAUGGAGGAGCAGCUGCGGCGGCUGCAGGAGGAGAGGACGUGCAAGGUGUGCCUGGACCACGCCGUGGCCAUCGUCUUCGUGCCCUGCGGCCACCUGGUCUGUGCCGAGUGCGCCCCCAGCCUGCAGCUGUGCCCCAUCUGCCGGGCGCCCGUCCGAAGCCGCGUCCGCACCUUCCUGUCCUAG